AUGAGGGUAUGCCGGGCGGCUGAGGCGGAGAGGCGCGCGCAGGCACUUGCCUCGAUCCCGUCUCUGGUGGAGACCGACACGCAGGAGAGACCAACGCCGCGGGAAUUUGGGGACGUGGUGUGGGCCGGGGUGACGUCAUGGGAGUGGGAAGCAUUUUUCAGUGUGGAGGUGGUUGGUGGGAGGACAGUGCGCCGGAUCCCACAGCGGGCCCAGUCGGAGGACUUUGAUGCGCUCCGUUGCAUCUUAAAGCAACUACCGGGGGAUGAAGCCGCUACCCUCCUGCUCUUGGCGUUUCCGCGCCUCAUCCUAGCCGUGCCUCCCAAGCCAGGCACAGGUCAGAAGGCGCUGAUCAUAGAGCGGCUGGGGGCGUUCUGGGAGGGGAGGUGGCGGGAGCUGUUCGACUCGGCCAUGGUGGCGGCGCGGCCAGCAGUUCGCCCACUUGCCUACACUUGCUCCGACCAGGUUCCGGAUGCCAUCCGCCUGUCACGGUGCCGAGCUCGGUGUAAAGUGGGGGAGUGGAGCCGCGGAUUGGCUUGCCUUACAGCAGGAGAGUUGGCUCGACCGUCUAAGGCCAUGGUGCAGUCACUGCGAGAGAAGCACCCUGCUAGCACUUGCGAGGUACCACAGUGGGUCCGUGAUUUUACCGUCGAUGCUCCUCAACGGCCUCCACUCACGACCGACAUCCUGGCCAGAGCUAUCCACACAGCCGCUCGCGCUUCAGCAGCAGGGCCAUCGGGGUGGGUCACAGAGCAUCUGCGCGACACCUUCCUCACUGAACCUUCCUGCCUCUCCCACCUGUUGGAAGUGUUCAACCAAUGGGUGGCGGGACAGGUCCCUGAGCGGGCUCGGCCCUGGCUCGCCGCAUCCAACCUAGUUGGGAUUUCUAAGCCCAACGGCGACGUCCGGCCAGUGGCGAUUGGUGAGGUGCUUCCGCAUAUCCUCGCUAGAGCUCUCUGCAUCUCGCUCCGACCUGCAAUGGCUUCCUACUUUCUGCCGUGCAACCAGCUGGGAGCAGGCACCGGGGCCGAGGGGGACCCGCUCGACCAUUUUCUUUUCGCGUUCACGCAGCAGCAGGUGAUGGAGUCGGUGACUAGAGAGUUCAGGAAUCUACUGUUCUUGAGUUAUGCAAACGAUACUUAUAUUCUGGGACCAGCGGCUAGGAUUCUAGAGGCUUUUGGGGUGCUGCGGGAGCGGUUGGAGUGGGUGGGGCUGGAGGUGCAGGCGCACAAGUGCCGGUUUUGGGAGCACGAGGGCGGGGAUGUGGAGCGGGCACUGCCAUUGGGGAUGCAGCGGGAGGAGGAGGGUCUCACUGUGGUGGGCGUGCCUAUUGGGGAGGAGGAUUGGGAGGUGGUCCGGUUACGGAAGCGGCUUCGAGAGUUGCAGGCACCACUGCUAUGGCUCCCCCUGCUCGACCACCCCCAUAUGGCGUCACAUCUCCUUGCCAUUGCAUUGGGGGUGGCGGGCGACGAGGCGAUGUUUGGAGAGUACCUCACCACUUCGGCGGGGGUGGAGUUUCUUGACCCGUGGUUUGCCAAGGCUGUUGAGCAGCUGCCUACGACUAUAUGCCAGGAGAUGCUGGACUUACCUCUGUGUGUAGCGGUCCCUCCCCUUCGGCUUUUCCAGGCGCGGCAGCGGCAGUUGGCUGUUGAGGAGCUCCAGGCACUGCGUCGUUCGGGUCGUGACGAUGCCACCCUGGCUCGUUUCACAUCCCUUCAGGGCCCGGGGGCUGGUGCAUGGGUUUCGGCAGUUCCGGCUCACUCAGAUCUCACAUUCACUACGGCUAAGUGGGGCAUUGCUGCUGCAAUACGGCUCGGGCUCCCAAUUCAGCAACUGCAGGUGGCGGGGAGGUGUGUGUGUGGCACAGCGCAUGUUGACCCAGCAGACCCGCAUCAUGCCCUGAGAUGCAAGCACCAGCACGGUCCAUCUCGAGUGCAUGAUGAGGUGAAGUUUGCGGUGGCGAGGAUUUCUAAGGCGUCAGGGGGAGUGGUGACGAUGGAGGAUAGUGCGAUGCUGCCGGGGAAGCGGAUUGACGUAGCGGUGCGACGACUGAUGGCCGGAGAGGCUCACGCUGUGGAGAUCAGCGUCGCGGACCAUGUAUCGCUGUCUCCGUCCCUGCUAGGGCAGUGUGGGCGUUCCAUAGGUGUGGCGGCAAGGGAGUGGGAGAGUCGCAAAGCGAGUGAUUACGCGCCUUUGCUUGCACGCAACCGGGGCGUGCAGUUUACCCCUUUCAUAGUAGAGACGUGGGGCUUGGGGUCUCUGAAGGCGCUCAUCGGGGUGGCGUUGCAACGGGCGCAAGCUUGUGUGAUCCUGCUUCGGGCGGCGUCUUCCAUGGGGGGGAUGAAUGUGGAUUUGGUGGACCGGGAAAAGGACGACAUCGAGGUAGAGGGUGGGGCUCUUUGGGUGGAGGCCCCGUACAUGGUGGAUGCGCGGAUGUGA